CCGUGUUGCGUCACAUUUCUCGAGUUUUGCAUGCUGCUAGCGGCUGCUAGUGCGAGCUAAUAUUACCCGAGGAAAGGUCAUGGGGGAACGGUAGCGUUGCUGCAACAACAACGUGGGUACCAUGUCUAAGACAGGCAGAUGAUUACUUGGACGGACUGAUUGCAUAUACCUAAUACUUUCAAAACCUUGGCUAGCUAACGGUAGCUCAAUGUCACUUGACAACACUAUCGAGUUAGGUGCCUUACGUUGUUCCGCUUAAAAUCUUCAUACAGCCAGCAAAAUAAUAGGCAUGAGCCCGGUUUCAGGACAGGGCACACCAACAGCCCUCCCGGACACACCUAACACGAAUCUCUCGAUCAAGGCCAAUCUUCAGCGCCUCUUCAGCCAUGUCAGAUAUGAGAAUUUAGCAGCAGGACUGAGCGGCGGAGUCGUGUCUACUUUGGUCUUGCACCCCCUGGAUCUAGUCAAAAUCAGGUUUGCAGUAAGUGAUGGGCUGGAGUUAAGGCCCAAAUACAAUGGAAUACUCCACUGUAUGAAGAGCGUUUGGCAGCUGGAGGGAGUUCGGGGACUCUAUCAAGGAGUGACACCCAACAUGUGGGGAGCUGGAGCCUCGUGGGGACUCUACUUUUUCUUCUACAAUGCAAUCAAGUCAUACAUCCAGGAAAUUCGUCAGGCUGAACUGAGCGCAACAGAACACCUGGUGUCUGCAGCACAGGCAGGUAUGAUGACGCUUUGCCUAACGAACCCCAUCUGGGUCACAAAGACCCGUCUUGUCCUGCAAUACAAUGCUGAGCCAUCUCAGAAGCAGUACAAAGGAAUGCUGGAUUGUCUUGUAAAAAUAUACCGGCAUGAGGGUAUACCAGGGUUGUACCGGGGUUUUGUGCCUGGUCUAUUUGGCACAUCCCAUGGUGCACUGCAAUUCAUGGCCUAUGAGGAACUGAAGAGAGAGUACAACAAAUACAGGAAGAAAGCAUCAGAUGCACAACUGAACCCAUUGGAAUAUAUUACCAUGGCAGCUUUUUCCAAAAUAUUUGCAGUUGCUACGACCUACCCAUACCAGGUGGUCCGUGCUCGCUUGCAGGACCAGCACAACAAGUACAACGGGGCCACAGACGUGAUUAAGAGGACGUGGAGAAACGAGGGGGCCGUCGGUUUCUACAAAGGAAUGGUGCCCAACCUGCUCAGAGUCACGCCUGCAUGCUGCAUUACCUUCGUGGUCUACGAGAAGGUUUCCUACUUCCUGCUCGGCAAACACAAGUGAGCCAGACACGGGAACCAAAGGCAGAGCUGGAACCAGUCGGGCAGGGCCAAACUGCAUUGGCGAUGGCCAAAAGUGACCUCACUCGUGCCUCUGAAAUGAGGCUCACGAUUGUAAUUUUCCGAGCAUGCGGUGGUAUUGAACAUCAUUGGCCCUAAAGGCUCAAUAUUUUUACGUUCAGAAAGUAGUCUACGGGUAAAGCAUCCUGUCUCAUCUGUGUGGUGCGUGGACAUACAGAAAAGCAUCAAUUCCCCAAAUAUCACCAACCACCACCAGAGAACAUAUUUAAACGUUUGCAUAUUUAAGCCUAAUUAUGAUUAAAUGUAAUACAGGCAAAACUACUUCCACACUAGUGCAGUACUGUUGCGCUCACCGUAAUCCGUUAAUUCUUUAUGCAUUGGUGUGACCCACAAUUUGAAGACGGAAAGUUUAAACUAUAAACUUUUAUAGUACAAUUUUGGUUCAUUUUUA